UCAUCAUCUGCUGCCGCUUCAUCAGAUGCAAGCAAUAACGGUAACUCAGGAGCUGGAAAUGGAAAUGGUGGAAGCGCUUCAUCAGCAGCUGCUGACGCUUCAUCGAACGCUCAAAAUGGCAAUGGUUAUGGGAAUGGAAUGGGAAUGGAAUUGGACAUGAACUCUGCAGCGAAAGCACUGUCAGAUUCAAUAGCUUCAGCAGGUUCAAUGUUUGGAAGUUUCAGUUCUGUAAAAGACAAGAAUUAUGGAGGUUAUGGCAGUCGUGCAGCAUCAUCUGCUGGCGCUUCAGCUGCUUCAACAGGUCAUAGAAAUGAAGGUAAUUUAGGAUCUAAAAAUGGAGCUUCAGAUAACGCUGCAUCGUCAUCAGCUGCUGCAACCAGUGCAUCAAAUACCAACGGUAAAGGAAAUUCAGGAUCUGGAAAUGGAAACUCUGCAUCGUCAUCAGCUGCUGCAACCGGUGCAUCAAAUACCAACGGUAAAGGAAAUUCACGAUCUGGAAAUGGAAACUCUGCAUCGUCAUCAGCUGCUGCAACCGGUGCAUCAAAUACCAACGGUAAAGGAAAUUCAGGAUCUGGAAAUGGAAACUCUGCAUCGUCAUCAGCUGCUGCAACCAGUGCAUCAAAUACCAACGGUAAAGGAAAUUCAGGAUCUGGAAAUGGAAACUCUGCAUCGUCAUCAGCUGCUGCAACCAGUGCAUCAAAUACCAACGGUAAAGGAAAUUCAGGAUCUGGAAAUGGAAACUCUGCAUCGUCAUCAGCUGCUGCAACCAGUGCAUCAAAUACCAACGGUAAAGGAAAUUCAGGAUCUGGAAAUGGAAACUCUGCAUCGUCAUCAGCUGCUGCAACCAGUGCAUCAAAUACCAACGGUAAAGGAAAUUCAGGAUCUGAAAUGGAAACUCUGCAUCGUCAUCAGCUGCUGCAACCAGUGCAUCAAAUACCAACGGUAAAGGAAAUUCAGGAUCUGGAAAUGGAAACUCUGCAUCGUCAUCAGCUGCUGCAACCAGUGCAUCAAAUACCAACGGUAAAGGAAAUUCAGGAUCUGGAAAUGGAAACUCUGCAUCGUCAUCAGCUGCUGCAACCAGUGCAUCAAAUACCAACGGUAAAGGAAAUUCAGGAUCUGGAAAUGGAAACUCUGCAUCGUCAUCAGCUGCUGCAACUGCUACGUCAAAGCGUAAGAAUAAUGGUAAUUCAGGAAGUUACAAUUAACGAAAUGGCUUUAAGACUAAUCAACUUAAGUGUUUUACUUUUUUUACUAUUCAACUAUUCCUACGCCUCACAGAGUUCUAGUGUUACAGCGAAUUCUGACGCAGAUUCAUCAAACGAUCAAAAUGGCUAUGGUGAUAGUUAUGAAAAUGGAAUGGGAAUGAAAUUGGACAUGGACUCUGCGAUGAAGGCAAUGUCAGAUUCAAUGGCUUCAGCAGGUUCAAUGUUUGGUGGCUUCGGUUCUGAAAUGGACAACAAUUAUGGAGGUUCUGGAAGUAGUUCAUCAUCAUCUGCUGCCGCUUCAUCAGAUGCAAGCAAUAACGGUAACUCAGGAGCUGGAAAUGGAAAUGGUGGAAGCGCUUCAUCAUCAUCUGCUGCCGCUUCAUCAGAUGCAAGCAAUAACGGUAACUCAGGAGCUGGAAAUGGAAAUGGUGGAAGCGCUUCAUCAUCAUCUGCUGCCGCUUCAUCAGAUGCAAGCAAUAACGGUAACUCAGGAGCUGGAAAUGGAAAUGGUGGAAGCCUUCAUCAUCAUCUGCUGCCGCUUCAUCAGAUGCAAGCAAUAACGGUAACUCAGGAGCUGGAAAUGGAAAUGGUGGAAGCUUCAUCAGCUGCUGACGCUUCAUCGAACGCUCAAAAUGGCAAUGGUUAUGGGAAUGGAAUGGAAAUGGAAUUGGACAUGAAAUCUGCAGCGAAGGCAAUGUCAGAUUCAAUGGCUUCAGCAGGUUCAAUGUUUGGUGGCUUCGGUUCUGAAAUGGACAACAAUUAUGGAGGUUCUGGAAGUAGUUCAUCAUCAUCUGCUGCCGCUUCAUCAGAUGCAAGCAAUAACGGUAACUCAGGAGCUGGAAAUGGAAAUGGUGGAAGCGCUUCAUCAUCAUCUGCUGCCGCUUCAUCAGAUGCAAGCAAUAACGGUAACUCAGGAGCUGGAAAUGGAAAUGGUGGAAGCGCUUCAUCAUCAUCUGCUGCCAUCAGAUAUGCAAGCAAUAACGGUAACUCAGGAGCUGGAAAUGGAAAUGGUGGAAGCGCUUCAUCAGCAGCUGCUGACGCUUCAUCGAACGCUCAAAAUGGCAAUGGUUAUGGGAAUGGAAUGGGAAUGGAAUUGGACAUGAAAUCUGCAGCGAAGGCAAUGUCAGAUUCAAUGGCUUCAGCAGGUUCAAUGUUUGGUGGCUUCGGUUCUGAAAUGGACAACAAUUAUGGAGGAUCUGGAAGUAGUUCAUCAUCAUCUGCUGCCGCUUCAUCAGAUGCAAGCAAUAACGAUGCAAGCAAUAACGGUAACUCAGGAGCUGGAAAUGGAAAUGGUGGAAGCGCUUCAUCAUCUGCUGCCGCUUCAUCAGAUGCAAGCAAUAACGGUAACUCAGGAGCUGGAAAUGGAAAUGGUAGCGCUUCAUCAUCAUCGCUGCCGCUUCAUCAGAUGCAAGCAAUAACGGUAACUCAGAGCUGGAAAUGGAAUGGUGGAAGCGUCAUCAUCAUCGCUGCCGCUUCAUCAGAUGCAAGCAAUAACGAAAUCUGCAGCGAAGGCAAUGUCAGAUUCAAUAGCUUCAGCAGGUUCAAUGUUUGUGGCUUCGGUUCUGAAAUGGACAACAAUUAUGGAGGAUCUGGAAGUAGUUCAUCAUCAUCUGCUGCCGCUUCAUCAGAUGCAAGCAAUAACGGUAACUCAGGAGCUGGAAAUGGAAAUGGUGGAAGCGCUUCAUCAUCAUCUGCUGCCGCUUCAUCAGAUGCAAGCAAUAACGGUAACUCAGGAGCUGGAAAUGGAAAUGGUGGAAGCGCUUCAUCAUCAUCUGCUGCCGCUUCAUCAGAUGCAAGCAAUAACGGUAACUCAGGAGCUGGAAAUGGAAAUGGUGGAAGCGCUUCAUCAUCAUCUGCUGCCGCUUCAUCAGAUGCAAGCAAUAACGGUAACUCAGGAGCUGGAAAUGGAAAUGGUGGAAGCGCUUCAUCAGCAGCUGCUGACGCUUCAUCGAACGCUCAAAAUGGCAAUGGUUAUGGGAAUGGAAUGGAAUAUGCAAGCAAUAACGGUAACUCAGGAGAUGGAAAUGGAAAUGGUGGAAGCGCUUCAUCAUCAUCUGCUGCCGCUUCAUCAGAUGCAAGCAAUAACGGUAACUCAGGAGCUGGAAAUGGAAAUGGUGGAAGCGCUUCAUCAUCAGCUGCUGCCGCUUCAUCAAACGCUCAAAAUGGCAAUGGUUAUGGGAAUGGAAUGGGAAUGGAAUUGGACAUGAACUCUGCAGCGAAAGCACUGUCAGAUUCAAUAGCUUCAGCAGGUUCAAUGUUUGGAAGUUUCAGUUCUGUAAAAGACAACAAUUAUGGAGGUUAUGGUGUCGCAGCAUCAUCUGCUGGCGCUCAGCUGCUCAACAGUCAUGAAAUGAAGAAUGGAAACUCUGCAUCGUCAUCAGCUGCUGCAACCAGUGCAUCAAAUACCAACGGUAAAGGAAAUUCAGGAUCUGGAAAUGGAAACUCUGCAUCGUCAUCAGCUGCUGCAACCAGUGCAUCAAAUACCAACGGUAAAGGAAAUUCAGGAUCUGGAAAUGAAACUCUGCAUCGUCAUCAGCUGCAACUGCACGUCAAAGCGUAA